AUGCAUUAUCAUAAAGUGGGGGAUUUACUAUAUCCCAAUCGUAUUAAAGAUUUAAAGGGUCACAUUUUUCUAACUCUACCCGAUCAAAUUAUACCACGUACUUUUUUGACUGAAAAUAAAAAUGAUAAAUUGAAAAUUUACGGUUAUGGAGAAAUUAUAUUUUAUGGUUUUUUAGAGACCUUAACCAGAAACUACACCAUUGAUUUACCAGGCACAUUAGUACCAGUGAUUAAUCCUCAGCAGCUGGAUUAUUACUCUUAUCCAUUUGAAAUUAUGACUGCUUGUCUCAUGAUACCAAAGGCUAAACACAGAAAAGAAAUUGUAAAACAUCAUGUCAAAUUCUCUGAUUACGUACUCAACGAUGUCGCUCUAAGAGGGAUUUUGGGACAACCAUUUAAAGUGUGGCUAAAGGCUGGUUUCUUUAUCAAAUACAUUUACAUCUUGCUGUCCUUUACAGGUCUCUAUCUCAGUCUUAUUUAUAAUGCAUUUCUACAAACAUUUUUCACUCAACCUAUUAAGGAGAAACAAUUAAAAACUUUUACAGACUUGUAUGAGAAUAACAUAUACACUUUAUUAUCCGAUCGAGAAGUGUCAUAUUUUAAGGGUAUAAAUAAAAAUUUUGAACUAUUACAUCGCAUCACUAACUAUGAGGAAUUCAACAGAAUGAGAAGUCGUCUCAACACUUCGUAUGCUUAUCCCACCAUUGACAUUAAUUGGAAUUCUCUUUUCAGCUAUCAACAGAAUAUUAUAAAAAAUAAACGUUUUAUAUUUUCCAAAGACGCCUGCAUAUUCCAUACUAAUUUUCUAAGUUUUCCCUUGGCAGAGAAUUCUAUCUAUCGAACACCAGUCCAACAUUUAAUCAUGAUUGCUAGAGAUUUUGGUUUAAUUAAACGUUGGUUUACUAUCAACUUUCCCGAUCAGUUGGCAAAAGAUAAAGUGCCCUUAAUGGUUGAUUCAAGAGAUAUAUUGCCAGGUGAAAGACCUCUGAAAUUGCAAGAUUUUGAAUUGAUUUAA